UUUUUUUACAUUUUAUUUGACAUUAUUCUGUGGUGGAGGUAGGAGGACAUGAGUUGAUGCGUAAUAAGGAGGAGGAGUGGAAGAGUGGAUGCAUCGGGGCUCUCUUGUGUUUGAUAGUCGGAAUAAAAACAUGAUGACAGCUGUGUUGUGGCCUACCUGGAGCACCGUUUGAUCAAAAGGGACCAGGAUGGUGACUUCUAACAUCUGUCUCUCCUUGUUAUCUAGGCAUUGCCCCGCGUGCCGACUCUUUGCCGUGAAGAUGCCUUUGUGAAAACUCGGGCUCGUCACACUCGCCGGGAUUCCCCGCAAUAAUUUUCAACCAGAGAGAGAGGAAAAAGGAAAAAAAAUCUGCAAAAUGGACAGAGAGACCAUUGCUAAUCGGUAUGAGAACGUUGCCGAGAUUGGCGAGGGCGCGUAUGGUAAAGUGUACAAAGCCAGAGAUUUGAAGAACGGUGGACGAUUUGUAGCCCUAAAAAGAGUUCGGGUGCAAACGGAGGAGGAAGGAAUGCCUCUCUCCACCAUCCGCGAGGUGGCGGUACUGAGGCAACUAGAGGCCUUCGAGCACCCCAAUGUGGUCAGGUUGUUUGAUGUGUGUACAGUGUCUCGGACCGACCGUGAGACUAAACUCACUCUGGUCUUUGAGCACGUGGACCAGGACCUGACAACCUAUUUGGAGAAGGCUCCCGAUCCAGGAGUGCCUCCUGAAACCAUCAAGGAUAUGAUGUACCAGCUGCUCCAGGGGCUGGACUUCCUGCACUCACACCGCGUGGUUCACCGUGACCUGAAGCCCCAGAACAUCCUGGUUACCAGCGGAGGACAGAUCAAACUGGCUGACUUCGGCCUCGCCCGCAUCUACAGUUUCCAAAUGGCACUCACCUCCGUGGUGGUGACGCUGUGGUACAGAGCUCCAGAGGUGCUGCUCCAGUCCAGUUAUGCUACACCGGUGGAUCUAUGGAGUGUGGGCUGCAUCUUCGCUGAGAUGUUCAGAAGGAGACCUCUGUUUCGAGGGAACUCAGACGUUGAUCAGCUGGGCAAGAUUUUUGAUGUCGUUGGAGUACCAUCAGCAGACGACUGGCCCCAGGAAGUGGCCCUUCCACAGAGUGCCUUCACUCCCCGCCCCCCUAAGCCAAUAGAAGACUUGGUUCCGGACAUGGAUGAGCAAGGAAAGUCCCUCCUAUUGCAAUUCCUGGCCUUCAACCCUUCCAGAAGGAUAUCGGCAUUCACCGCAUUAAGCCACCCAUACUUUCAGAGCGUGGACAGCCACAGUAAGAGCGUGUACGCUGCCCAACCCAUCCCCAGCAACAAGCCCGCUAUGGAGGAGAGAGCCGCCUGAAAGCCCCACCAACCCUCGUCGCCCGAUACAAAGGUAGAGGAAAGGACUAAGAUGGAGAAGGACAAAGUAGUUGAGGGAAAGAGGACGAGAAAAUGAAAUGGCCCCACUCUUCUGCCACUCCCCCUAAAAAAAAAAAAAUGCACAAAGGCUAUAUUCCCUCAAUGAACAGAUGGAUUUUAAUUGCUGCUUUCAGAAUGUUGUUCCAUAUUGCCGGUUGAUUGACAAUGUUAACAAUGCAAGGAGACGUGGACGUCAGAUUGACUGGUGGACUUUUGGGAUGGGAAACACCAGGCAUGACUCUGAGUGGACAGUCUCUGGAUCUAAUACAUGCGUACGCACAUAAGAGUACAGGCCUGGACACAGACACGGAUAUGCAGACACACACACACACACACACACACACACAUCACAUCACAUCACAUUCGUACACCUACUUACAUAAGCCCGGUCAUACAUGAGCACACAAACACACACUCAUGCCCACAUCAUCUGAAACUUUAUUAAGACACCACACUCAGCCCUGCACUGCCAGUUAUGAUUUAUCAUUCCAAAAUCUAUUCGCGUUUUGACUGUACUGCCACCCUCUGGCUGUCCUGAGUAACUGCAGACCAGUAGCAGGAUUCUAGUGGUUCUGCCUCACUGAAGACCUUGGAUGGAGUCAAGCUCUCUUACAAGAACAUGGGCUUACCGGCAACAGUGUUGUGACAACGAGGAGAGAUAACAGGCUUCAUAGAAUAUUUCGUAUCGUUCAAUAGGUGCUUUUCACUUGCUUAUAAGCGGCCAUCAUGUGCAUUUAUCAUUAUGAAAUGUUAACUAUUAUUUACUGUCCUGAUGAUACAGCAAUGCACGGGCUCAAGUUGCAGAGGAAAAACUCACACCAGCACUAUUCAACACGACUAUAUUUGGCACAGAACCGUGUCACUAAUAUUCUGUAUUUAAUUUUAAAGUUAUUGACAGGUCUUAGCUACUUGUUUUCAUCUAGGUGUUACUUGAUUCUUUUUUUUUAAGAUGCUAGGGUAAAGAAAUAUUUUGUACACCAAUUACAUCAAGUCUCUGAAUGAUAUGGUAUCUCUUUAAGGAUGGUUUGACAGUGUAAGGUGUGUACAAAAGGACAGGCAUUGGUAUUGUGCAGGAUAUAUGUAGUGUUAAAUAAGUACUAUCUGCAGUGAUAGUGAUCUUGGGGUUUGAUAUGUGCAUCGUCAGCUCAUAGACAUGUUAUAGCAGUGGAUAGGCAUAGAGUAGCGAUGGACAUCAGAAUGUUGUUUUGGAGCUUAUUUGGACCCAGAAUAACUCGGAAAUUUACUGUGGUUGCACAAAUAUUUUGUGUCAAGUAUAGUGUUUUUAAUACAGCAACGUCCCCUUGUGUGUCCGAGUUUAAUUUUGUCCGUGAGAAACAAAGUAAGGGCGGGGGGGGGAUUGUAUUUUUAUAUAUAAGAUUUCUUGCAAAACAGUAACAUACUUAACACUGGUUUACUUUAUUUUCUCUACAGGUAGUGCUGCUAGCACACACACACACACACACACACACACACACACACACUCACUCUGUCAAACUCUUUCUCAGGUUCUUGGUUUGGAUGUCUGAGUCUUUCGGACGCAGUUUGCACAUCUUUGGGUUACUAACGAAUCACAUCCCAACUCCUUCAGGUUUUCUCUCAAAGCUGUUCAGCGAUCAUACCAUUGAUCGUGGUCUACUGUCAUAUUUAUCAAAUAAAUGUUACUGAGAAAUCAUUCAUGUCUAAAUGUAACUGCCUGUAUGAUCUGUCUUUGCCAUGUAAGCAGAUUGUUGCCAUUACCAGGUGGCAAAAACAACGUAGGUCCCAGCAUGGGCACCGCCAGUUCGAAUCCCCGUGUUACCUCUGGCUUGGUCGGGUGUCCCCACAGACACAAUUGGCCAUGUCUGCGGGUGGGAAGCCAGAUGUGGGUAUGUGUCCUGGUUGCUGUACUAGUGUCUCCUCUGGUCGGUCGGGGCACCUGUUCAGGGGGGAGGGGGAACUCGGGGGAAUAGCGUGAUCCUCCCACGCGCUACGUCCCCCUGGCGAAACUCCUCACUGUCAGGUGAAAAGAAGCGGCUGGCGACUCCACAUGUAUCAGAGGAAGCAUGUGGCAGUCUGCAGCCCUCCCCGGAUCGGUAGAGGGGGUGGAGCAGUGACCGGGACGGCUCGGAAGAGUGGGGUAAUUGGCCAAAAAUUUGAAUGGGAAGAA